GUCUGACGGAUAAGCAUCGAGCAUCUUCUGCGGCACAUCAGAAAAGGGAGACUGCUAAAUACAGGUUGUCAGGAGCUUCCUGCAAAGAAAAAAAAUCUAUACAAUUAAUUUGAACUUUUUCUUUCUAUUCUUCAGAACUGAAGCAGCAGCACAUGAAAUCUGUCCAUUUAUUCCAUCUCUCUGUUCCAAAGGCUGUGCUGAAUUUGGGGUAAAACCUUGAAGAGUGUUGGUCAGGCAGAAUUAUAUUUUUUUACAUGCUAAAGCUUCAAUUUCAGCAGUGAUGAAGGUUGCAAGUGCUACCCCGUACCCCUCUGAGCUGGUGCCAACUGAAGUGGGUAACUUGUCCUUACUUUCCUGUAGCAAUGGCUCUGCUGGAAGUAUCAGACUUCACCAGUCUUCUCCUGCAGCUAGCUGCAAUAAUUCAGCAUACAGUUCUGAUGAAACCCCACCAUUAUUGGUGGAUGCAUGGCUAGUACCCCUGUUCUUUAGCCUCAUCAUGCUUGUGGGACUAAUAGGCAACUCUCUGGUCAUAUAUGUCAUAAGUAAACACAGACAGAUGAGAACAGUAACUAACUUCUAUAUAGCCAACCUUGCCACUACAGAUAUCACCUUCCUUGUAUGCUGUGUGCCUUUUACUGCCACUCUGUACCCGUUGCCCAGUUGGGUAUUUGGAGAUUUCAUGUGCAGAUGCGUUAACUAUCUCCAGCAGGUCACUGCACAAGCAACCUGUAUAACCCUAACAGCUAUGAGUGUUGACCGAUGCUACGUAACAGUCUAUCCACUGCAAUCCCUGCGCCACCGGACCCCUCGAAUGGCCAUGGCAGUGAGCCUUGGUAUCUGGAUAGGCUCUCUUGUAUUAUCUGUCCCAUUUGCGAUGUACCAAAAGCUUAGCAGUGGUUACUGGUAUGGACCCCAGACGUACUGCAUAGAAGCAUUCCCUACAGUUUUGCACCAGAAAGCGUUCAUAUUGUAUACGUUUCUUGCUGUCUACCUUUUGCCCCUGCUCACUAUCUGUGUCUGCUAUGCAUUCAUGCUAAAAAGAAUGGGAAGGCCUGUGGUGGAACCCAUUGACAACAACUAUCAGGUACAGCUUUUGGCUGAGAGAUCUGAGGUGGUGAGAACUAAAAUCUCUAGGAUGGUUGUGGUAAUAGUUUUGCUCUUCACCAUCUGCUGGGGACCUGUUCAGCUUUUCAUCUUGUUCCAAGCUUUUGACUCCAGUUUUGAGAAAAGUUAUGAAACCUACAAGCUUAAAAUCUUUGCACACUGCAUGUCGUAUUCCAACUCCUCCAUCAAUCCGAUUGUUUAUGCUUUUAUGGGGGCCAACUUCAGAAAAUCUUUCAAGAAAGCUUUUCCUUUCAUAUUUAAGCAGAGAGUCGAGGGCACGACUGGUGUUGUUGCUAACACUGAGAUGCAUUUUGUUUCUUCUGGAACAUAAUUAACAGAGACAAAAUCCAAGCGCAAUAAAUAAGGAAUUGGAACACUUGUUAAACUCUACUUGCAAAAGCAAUUAUAAGUUUGUGGCUUUAAGAAGCAAAUAGGUGACACUAAAGAUAUCAUUGUGUUUGCAAUUACACAUGUAACAAAAUGUACAGUUCAAUGAAUACAGAUACACACAUGAGGGAGUCCUACAACUUUGUGCCUUUGAAGUUCGAAGGUGACUUCAAUUAUUCACAUCCAGCUCUUUCUGUUUUGUUUGCGGGUUUGUACCACUGGAAUUUAAAGGUAAAUAUUCUUAUUCGCAUAUGUUCCUAAAGUUAUACAGCUCACCCAUUUUAUAUAUUAAUGUGUUGUUCUUCAACACAAAAACUGUACAAGCCUUCAAUUUGAAGGCAAAUACCUGCAGAGUCCUCAUUGUAAUACAUGCAGUAUAACAUGCAAACAACAGAAAUAUGAUUUUUUUUUAAUAGACUGGGCAAAAACUGUUUUGUUCGUUGCUUUAUAAACAGUGUUUAAAAGACUAUAACACAAAGAGGAAUGGUUUUGUGGCGCUGUAUUGAGCAGGUGUUGCUUAGCAGGUAACUAAUAAGCUGUUUAGACUAGAGUAGCUUAUAAAUCUCAGUAAUGAUGAAGAAGAGUCUAAGGUCAUUCAUGGCACCUACAUUAGGAAAACAUGUCCAUGUAAAGGGUUGCUGACAAUAAUUUAAUGGCUGAUAAUGGAGAUCCAGUCAUAAUCAUUAGGGGUCCGAUUCACUAAAUUCGAGUGAAGGAUUCGAAGUAAAAAAACUUCGAAUUUCGAAGUAUUUUUUGGGCUACUUCGA